GUUGCCCAAGAAUAGGUACACUUCAUCUCCAUGUGACCUCUCCUACAAAUGUGUAAGUUUGGUGCUCGAGAAAAUGCAGAGCAGAAAAGCACUGUGAGUAAGUGAGCGAGUUAGUGUGGUUUCCAUUGGGGUCAAGAAUUAAAAACAUUCUUGUGUGACUGAUUCUGACAAAGCUUCAUGCUCAGGCUGAUAAUGUUACUGACAUACCAAAGCCUGUCCUUUUGAUGCUUCUAAUCUCAAAUAGAGCUGUAAAUGGUGAUUGUACUGGCUUUGUUGUGCUGGAUGACCAGGACAGUGUGGGGGGGGACAAGUCAAACUUUUUAGGCUGCUCUGCAUUGAGAAAAAUACCACUCAACUAACUCCUACAAAUUCAAUGAAGGGACAAACGUGCACUUGUAACCAAGGUGAAGGUGAUAAGAGCCUUGUGGUGUCCUGCAUGUUGAGGUAUAUAUAUAUUUGCAUGCUGUGCCAGUAGUACUCAUCUACAAAAUACUAGACUCGAAAACUUCUACUCAGUAGUACUUGGAUGAACCAUUGUGUGAUUUGUUGUGAUCAAAUAGAUUUCAUUUCAUCCAAAACUGUCUUUUAUAAUCUGAGUAGGAUCUUUUUAUAAAGCAAAUUUGGGAUUCGUCUGUUUUUUGGAACAGAAGAAUUGAGUCAGCCAGCUAGUCAAAUUAUUUUUCAUUUUGUCAAAUCAUGGCUAGCCUCAUGAAUUACAGUGUUCCAAUUGGAUCCCAUCUGUAAAUUAUUGCAAAUUUUUCUAGAAAGAUUGGCAUUUUUCUUUUACUCAAAAUCUAAGAUAUUUUCAGUAACAGUACAACUGGGGGAUCAACACACGAACUUGCUUUUAAAACUCUGUUACAUGUUCUUUUUGUGUAAUUCUCUAGCUUCUUCGAUUAAGGUUUUCAAAUUUUAUAUGUACUUAUUUACACAUUUUCUAUCUGGUUCCCAUUAGAGUUAUUUCACUCAAUCAUUUUCUUUGUUUUUUUUUUUUUCUCUCCUAUUAAGUCAUAAGGAGCUAGUUAGAAGCUUUGUUGCAAGUAGCUUCUAUCGUUCCAAACCAAUUGAUUUGAACUCUUUCUUUUAAGUUUUUCUAGUUUCAGAAAUGGCGUUAGAGUUAGCGUCUACCGACAAGGUAGUGCUAGGUUCGAUUUCAUUUGUAAUUUUCUGGGUCUUGGCAGUAUUCCCUUCACUUCCAUUACUGCCUAUAGGAAGAACAGCAGGAUCCCUCCUUGGAGCCAUACUUAUGAUCAUCUUUAAGGUCAUCACUCCAGAUCAAGCAUAUGAUGCCAUUGAUCUCUCAGUCCUUGGACUUCUUUUUGGAACUAUGGUUGUUGGUAUCUAUCUUGAGAAAGCUGACAUGUUUAAGUAUAUCGGUCAAUUGCUUUCAUGGAAGUCUCAAGGUCCAAAGGAUGUGCUUUGCAGAAUCUGCAUAAUUUCUGCUCUGUCAAGUGCAUUGUUUACUAAUGACACCAGUUGCAUUGUCCUAACAGAGUUUGUUUUGAGAACCGCAAAGCAAAGUAAUGUUCCACCCCAUCCUUUCUUGCUGGCCUUGGCCUCAAGUGCAAACAUCGGCUCGGCUGCAACUCCUAUCGGCAAUCCACAAAACUUGGUGAUUGCCAUACAAAGCAAAAUUUCUUUCGGACAAUUUCUAUUGGGACUCCUCCCUGCCAUGCUAGUUGGUGUCACUGUCAAUAUGUCAAUUCUCUUAUGCAUGUAUUGGAGGGUCUUGUCUUCUAACAAAGACGAGGAAAUCGCUUUGGAAGAAGGAACUCUUGAGGAAACUCAAACUUCUCGAUCACAUGAAAUUACUUCAAAUUGCUCUGAAGACAGUCCUGUUUCAGAAGUUGAGAAGGAAGUAAACUCGCUAAGUUUAAGUGGUGGACAAGGUGAUUUAGAAGAAGUUGGCAAUAUCUGCUCAACUUCAACUGCUUCAAGCAGAGAGCUCGAGUCUGCAACGAACCUUGCUGGUUCAAGUUCAACUGAACAAAUGGCAGGUGGCGACUCAUCUUCCCAAUCUUUGGAGGGAAAGAAUGGAACAGAUCAGUUUACAAAAGAGACAAAAGAAGUUAUUCUACCCGUGUUUACUAAAGAAAAGAGAGGUGUGACUAAAGAAUGGAGAAGAUUUGCAUGGAAGACGUGUGUUUACCUCGUCACUGCUGGUAUGCUGAUUGCGCUACUGAUGGGUUUGAACAUGUCUUGGACUGUGAUUACAGCAUCUCUUCUCCUUAUUGUCAUUGAUUUCAAAGAUGCCGGGCCGUGCCUUGAAAAGGUUUCCUACUCUCUCUUGCUACUCUUUUGUGGAAUGUUCAUCACUGUUGAAGGAUUUAACAAAACUGGAAUACCAACCACUCUCUGGAACAUGAUAAAGCCUUAUUCUGAGAUUGAUCAUGUUUCAGGAAUGGUAGUACUUUCCCUUGCCAUACUUGUCCUCUCAAAUCUUGCUUCAAAUGUACCAACUGUUCUUCUACUUGGAGGAAGAGUAGCAGCCAUGGCAGCAGCCAUAUCGCCACAUGAAGUGAAAAAAUCAUGGCUUAUCUUGGGGUGGGUGAGCACAGUUGCUGGAAACUUGUCCCUACCUGGUUCGGCUGCUAAUCUAAUCGUGUGUGAGCAAGCCCGUCGAGCUCCAUCUUUCAAGUACACACUCUCUUUCUGGACUCAUCUCAAGUUUGGUCUUCCAUCCACAAUCAUUGUGACAGCUAUUGGCCUGACCCUCAUAAGGGGUUGAUAGAGCUAAGGUUCAAACAGUCAUAUUAGGCCAGUUAUUUUACUCCAAGAAUCAAUGGCACUUACUGUACCAUACUAAGUUUGUAUGUUUUCAUGUGUUAGUGUAAUUGUAAGUAGAAAUGUGUGAGUAUAAUUGGCUGAUAUACCACAGUGGAAAGAUGUUUAAUCUUUCUUUAGUUAUCUUUGCAACUGUAAUUGUUAAAUGAAAGAAUAGAUCAGCCUCAUCAAAUAUUGUGUAUUUCUUCUUCUUUCAAGAAAUUUACUCAAAAAAUAACUUAUGUC